UUUUAAAUCAAGCGGUUAGUGAACGAAAGACGUUCGUUUGAAGAAGUAAACAUGUUCAAUAAAUUCAUUUUUCUUUUAUUAGCAACUAUAAUUAAUUCAUCUUGUGUUACUAAACCAUAUUAUUGGAGAAUUUAUGAAGAUUGUAUACCAAACGACGCUGUUUCAACAGAAGAUGAAAACUCUGAAAUUUUCGUAGGUCGAGUUGGUGUUUGUUAUGAUAACAAAGUAGUUAGUUAUUAUCCAGCUACAUUUAAUUCGACAUCCAAAUCAGCUACAACAGAUGUUUUAAAUAAGAAAAGAGUCUUUAAUAAAGACAUUAUGAUUUUAUGUACAUCUGAACCGGAACGUUUACGUUGGAAAUACAUUAAUAAUGUUGCUGUACAAGGAGAUCUUUUAAAUAAAAUCGUUGCAGCCGGCGAACAUCCAAGUGGAAUUAGAUAUGUAGGAAAAGUUUUCCAUGAAAACGAAUGGAAAGUUUCAACUGUUUAUAAAUAUGGUCAUAAUAAUCCUGGUUUAUAUAUUUGGACAAACGUAGAUGGAAGUGAAGUAAUUGUAAAAGAUUUUCAAGUAUUAACGUAUGAAUCAUCAUAAGUUAAUUACUUUAAUAGUAAAAAAAUAAGUUUAAAUAAAUUUCAUUGUCAUCCUAACGAUAUACAUAAAUUUUAAGUUAAAACUAAUAUUAACGUUUUAAACACUUAAUUAAUUAAUUUAUCAUUUCGCUAUUAAAUUGUAAUGUUUAUCUCUCAAAAAUACAGUGUGAUGAAAGAUCUUAUAACACCCCUAUAUAACAUAGGUCAAUGAGUUUCAAUAUAUAAUUUCUUCACAUCAA